CAGGAUGGACAGAGCCUCAACCAGGGCCUUUGGCACUGGACAGAGCUCAUCCACACCCUCAGGAUCCUCUGGCUGUGACCCCCUGACCCUGCCAAGCCCAACCUUGCUGAGAUCUCUCUCCUCCCACAAAGUCGGGAAGGGGAGUCCCCUUGAUCUGAUGCUCUAAUUGAGGUCGUCGUCAGUAACUCCUGUCUGUGCAGUUACUGGGCCACUGGUGGGCUGUUAUUCUGCCUGCCAGCCUCAGUCUCCUCAUCUGUGAAAUGGUCCUAACACCUGCCCUACCAUCUCAUAGGAUGACUAUGAAGAUCAUACUGACCAACUGCGAGGUGUCGGAGGUCUCGCCAAGGGUUCUGCUUCUUCUAGACCACUCCCAGCUAUUAUUCAACCUAUGCCUGUGGACAUCUGAUAGAAAGACAUGCUGGAAUCAUCCAUAUUUUGCAGAGAAGACCAUCCCUGUCAGGCACAAUGGCUUAUCUAAGGUCCAAACCAGAAGUUGGCUGAAACCACCCCCGCGAUGCCUCAGGAUAUUUCGAGGGAGACGCCAUAAGAACGCUCCAGAGGACAUGGUGCAGGAGCUGAAUGUUGACAUCCCCUGCUCUCAUUCCCCAAAGGACAAGGAGCCGCACAGGGCCAACAGAGUCUGGCGCUGGCUCAGGGGGGAAAAUGGCUCAACGAGGAAGAGGAAUAAGACCUUGAUACUAUGGAACACUCGUGCCAGUUCAUUGGAGGCCAUAAUAGAUUACCUGGUGACUGCCGUCAUAAAAGAAGAUCUAAACUAUGUUCACAUGUUUCUCGAAAUACAUCGCACCCUUGCUACCACCCAGGAGGUGCUGGGCCUCCUCUUUGCAAGAUUCGGAUGUGUUUACUCCACGUAUGACGAGGUCGGCGGACCCCAGGACCAGCGCAACAUGAUGACUAUGAAGAUCAUACUGACCAACUGCGAGGUGUCGGAGGUCUCGCCAAGGGUUCUGCUUCUUCUAGACCACUCCCAGCUAUUAUUCAACCUAUGCCUGUGGACAUCUGAUAGAAAGACAUGCUGGAAUCAUCCAUAUUUUGCAGAGAAGACCAUCCCUGUCAGGCACAAUGGCUUAUCUAAGGUCCAAACCAGAAGUUGGCUGAAACCACCCCCGCGAUGCCUCAGGAUAUUUCGAGGGAGACGCCAUAAGAACGCUCCAGAGGACAUGGUGCAGGAGCUGAAUGUUGACAUCCCCUGCUCUCAUUCCCCAAAGGACAAGGAGCCGCACAGGGCCAACAGAGUCUGGCGCUGGCUCAGGGGGGAAAAUGGCUCAACGAGGAAGAGGAAUAAGACCUUGAUACUAUGGAACACUCGUGCCAGUUCAUUGGAGGCCAUAAUAGAUUACCUGGUGACUGCCGUCAUAAAAGAAGAUCUAAACUAUGUUCACAUGUUUCUCGAAAUACAUCGCACCCUUGCUACCACCCAGGAGGUGCUGGGCCUCCUCUUUGCAAGAUUCGGAUGUGUUUACUCCACGUAUGACGAGGUCGGCGGACCCCAGGACCAGCGCAACAUGAUGACUAUGAAGAUCAUACUGACCAACUGCGAGGUGUCGGAGGUCUCGCCAAGGGUUCUGCUUCUUCUAGACCACUCCCAGCUAUUAUUCAACCUAUGCCUGUGGACAUCUGAUAGAAAGACAUGCUGGAAUCAUCCAUAUUUUGCAGAGAAGACCAUCCCUGUCAGGCACAAUGGCUUAUCUAAGGUCCAAACCAGAAGUUGGCUGAAACCACCCCCGCGAUGCCUCAGGAUAUUUCGAGGGAGACGCCAUAAGAACGCUCCAGAGGACAUGGUGCAGGAGCUGAAUGUUGACAUCCCCUGCUCUCAUUCCCCAAAGGACAAGGAGCCGCACAGGGCCAACAGAGUCUGGCGCUGGCUCAGGGGGGAAAAUGGCUCAACGAGGAAGAGGAAUAAGACCUUGAUACUAUGGAACACUCGUGCCAGUUCAUUGGAGGCCAUAAUAGAUUACCUGGUGACUGCCGUCAUAAAAGAAGAUCUAAACUAUGUUCACAUGUUUCUCGAAAUACAUCGCACCCUUGCUACCACCCAGGAGGUGCUGGGCCUCCUCUUUGCAAGAUUCGGAUGUGUUUACUCCACGUAUGACGAGGUCGGCGGACCCCAGGACCAGCGCAACAUGGCCGUCUAUGCCAUCCUGGAUAUGUGGGUGGAAAGGUAUCCAGGGGAUUUUGUGCAGCCUCCAGAGUAUCCCAACUUGCAUGCUCUACUGGCCUACCUGCAGGUCAAUGCGCCUGGCUCGGACCUGCUGCGCCGUGCCCAGCUUCUGCUUCCAGAAAGGCAGCGCGCUGAGACCACAGAGCCAGAGGCUGGGGGUGAGGAGGACUGGGGGUGA